AUGUCUGAGACCGCUCCGCCGGCUCCUGCCGCCUCCACGCUUCCUGAGAAGCCCGUGGCUGGCAAGAAGGCGAAGAAACCCGUGAAGGCUGUAGCCGCCGCCGCCGCCGCCAAGAAGAAGUCGGCGGGACCUUCUGUGUCUGAGCUGAUCGUGCAGGCCGUGUCCUCCUCUAAGGAGCGCAGCGGCGUGUCCCUGGCGGCGCUCAAGAAGGCGCUGGCUGCCGCGGGCUACGACGUGGAUAAAAACAACAGCCGCAUCAAACUGGGCCUGAAGAGCCUCGUGGGCAAAGGCACCCUGGUGCAGACCAAGGGCACCGGCGCCUCGGGCUCCUUCAAGCUCAACAAGAAGGCGGCCUCGGGAGACGCCAAGCCGAGCGCCACGAAGGUGGCCUCGAAAACCAAGGCGAGCGGCGCUCCUAAGAAGCCUAAAAAGGCCACGGGGGCGGCUACCGCGAAAAAGGGGGUUAAGACUCCCAAAAAGGCCAAGAAGCCUGCGGUGGCCAAGAAGCCCUCCAAGAGCCCCAAGAAGCCCAAGGCUGUGAAGGCCAAGAAGGUGGCUAAGAGCCCCGCCAAGGCCAAGGCUGUGAAGCCCAAGGCGGCCAAGGCGAAGGUGACCAAGCCGAAAACGGCCGCCAAGCCCAAGAAGGCAGCGCCCAAGAGAAAGUAA